AUGAGGCUUCCUCGGCGGAAUCUGCCCAAGGUCAGCAAGAACGAAGGCAAUUACGAAGUAGUUGAUGACACUGUAAAUGGCAGUUCACGGAGGCAAAUGGAUAACUGGAAUUUGAACACCUAUGGUUUCAAAAACAAUCGGCGUGAUGCGCCGGAAGAUCUCCCGCCAGGUCUGGAUGAAAGCGGUCCACCAGGUCUGGUAGUUAGUACCGCGGAAGAAGCUGUGGUAUCACCAACAUCAUCAACGUCGACCACAUAUUCUUCUUCACAAUCAACCGUAACUGAAACUUCUCAGACGAUGACCACUAGUGCGACCGACGGGGGAUUUUCAACCACCACUCUCUUCUCUACGAAGACUACUCCGACCGCAGUUUUAGUGCCAGAGAUUACACAUUCAAAGCCUUCAGAAUCCACCUAUCAAUUCGUGACCUCCCAUGAAGCACCAACUUCAGCAACACUCAAUCUUAAAUCAAGUGUAACAAUGGUAAGGACAACGCCAGAGAUGAUCGUCUCGCGAACUCCCGGUCUCCAGACGACCAGUAGUAUUCCCACUAAGGUCGUCUAUUCGAAAGUAGCAUCUUCUAUCAUGAAUAUGCCCUCAUGGAUCGAUGAUUCUAGUACUACAAUAGAGGAUACAUCCAGCGGUGCUCCGACUCCGACCAAAGCAGCUGGUGACGUUAAUAACGAUGGUAUCGAGACGUUUGUCCUCAUUUGGUUUGGCGGUCGCGUACCCACGCCUCACGUUCCGAAACAGGGAAGUCGGACAACGGUGUACCACGUAGAGCACUCGCAGGAAUGCCCGUAA